GAUGCGGCAGUGUACUUGUGAAAGUUUUACCUAGCUUGAUGGGCUGGGUAGUGGUUCAGCCUAGUUCAAUGGACUAUACGAGACCAACUUUUGGGGCUCCGCGUCCAAUGGUACUUAGCCAUAUGUGGUAGCGCAUACCCCAGAGUUGAAGUUUGCCAUCGGAUGGUGUAUCCUAGGCUUGUCCUUUUCAGGAUAACACUCCGAUGGUUUCGGUGGUCGCAUGAGCAUAGUAAACCAUGUUUCUCCAUUAGAAAUGCCCAGCGAAUCUUGCCUAACUCUUCCGCUCCUCUUGCACCUCCAUGACGAGUUUCCGCCCAGCAAUCCCACCGUCGAUUUGCAACUCAGACACAGCCCAAGAAGCAAGAUUGUGAAUACCAAGAGCCUCACCGACGAAGAUAUCCCUUCGGCAUACCCGAAUUCGACAAAAUGUUUUCCUGAUUAUCGGUCGGCUGAUAAGUACCACGCCACUAAGUCCAACCUAAGAGUCUUCGCGGUCUUGUCGCAGAGGAAAGGCGGGCGGUUAAGAAAAGACAUGGCAAGCCACAAAGUCUUGGAAAUGGGCAAAACUUCCACGUACGUUGUGGCGGCCAUGGCUCAGCCAAGGAGUUUGCGGGGAGACGUCGGCGGUCGGUGGUGGUGGGGUAAUUGGCGUCGUAUUUCCUCUCCAUCUGUAGACAAACACCGCCAUCAUACUGGGGGCGUGCGACACAAUCUCCCGCUCGGGGAGUAUCUGGUACCCUGGAAGCCCAUUGGGAAGCGUUACACGAUCCCGACAUUGGAUAUGUGACCGGCCAUUCACCCAAAACGGCCGCAGAGUCAGGUACCGCGUGAGAAAACCGGCCAAGCGCUAGAGGCUCCGCGCCAGUCGAUAGAUCAAGCAGCCUUGGAGAUGCCAUGCUUUUGCUAACCAGGAGCGCACUCCGCGCCAAGAUUCCCUCCGACACCGU